AUGUUUGAUAAAUGUCUUGGAGAGUUUGGAACGAAUUGGUGGGAGCGUUUUGGAGAGGAAACACCUGAGUUGACAAAAUUUGCUAUAUGUGUACUUAGCCUAACAUGUAGUACCUCCGGCUGCGAGAGGAAUUUGAGUACCUUUAAGUCGAUUCACACUAAGAAAGGGAACCGACUUAAGCACAAAAGAUUACAUGCAUUGGUUUAUGUCAAGUACAACUCUUUAUUAAGGGAAAGAAACAUUAGAAGAAGAGUGAAGAAGUUUGAUCCCAUUUUAGUGGAAGCAAUCGAUUCUGAUGAUGAAUGGAUAUCGGAGGUGGAAGAUCCUAUAUUCCCGGAUGAUCUCUCUUGGCUUGAAGAAUAUGAGCCAACAAUAGAUGAUGUUCCUUUGUUGGAUGAUGACAUGAGAUUUGAUGAGCCCUCUUAUGCACCUUCUUCUAAAAAGAAGAAUGUUAAAAGCUCAAGUAAAGAAAUUUCCAAAUCCAAGAACAAAAUGAAAAUAUUGGAUGCAUUACUUAGGAAUGAAGAUGAAAUUGAAGACCUUACUUUACAUCCACAUAUUGAUACAUUGAACAUUGAUGAUUGUAAUGAUAUUCAUGUGGAUGUGAGUGGAUAUGACGAUGAAGAUUGA